GUCAAUUUGAAUUUGACAAAAUUUUUAGAGGAAAUAGGAAAGAAUUAUGAUGAUGAUUGCAUGUUUUUGCGUAAUAAUUGGUAAAAAACGUGUAUAAUACCGAUACCAAUCUUGAAUAAGUAAACUCCAGUGAUAGAAGUUGAUUAUUUCAGUGAAAACGUGACUGUAUUGAUUGUUCUUAUGUACUCUCAAACAUGGAUAGUGAAAAUUCAAAGAGUUCAAGUUCAAACCUUAUUAUACUAUCUCCAGAAGAUCUAGCCAAACUAGGACUGAAUUUGUUAGUACCUAAUGAGUCAAGAAAAAACUCAAAAGAUGCACAAUCUAGUGCAUCCCACUCUAAAAAACAAAAACAUGCAGUAAGAAACAAUGUCAAAUCAUCCAAUUCGAGCAGCUCAGCAAUAUUGCAAACACAACAGUCAGUAGAUUCUCAUGUGAAUAACUUAACAGAGGAUAUUCCUGAGAAUGAAUCCAUCCUUCCAAAAAAACGAAGAGGCAGGCCUAAAAAAAUUAGCAAAGACACCUGUAAUAAGAGCUCGGCCGAACCGCCGAGUACAAGUAAAGAUUACAAUGUACCUAAAUCAAAAAAAAUCAUGCCAACAAAGAAUGUCGAAGAAGUCCGUUUCAAAAAACCGAUUUCGAAUUUAAUAGCUAAAAUAGUAGCAAAGAAAUUGAAAGAUAAAUCUGCAGUUUUGGAUGCACAAAAAUCUGAAAAUCACCGAGUUCAUUCAGAAAAAGAGACACGCGAGUUCGAAAAGAACAGCAAAAACACAUGUAUCAUACAACCUGAACAAACUGUGAUUGAUAAAUCAAUACCUGAAGAAAUUUGCGAGAGACCGAACCUACAGGAAUCAGGUGAACAAAUAGGAACUGAUUCAGAUAACUCUAUGGGAAUAAGAACCUGUGAAAAUAAUACCACAGAAGCAGGCAUAAAACAAGAACAUAUAGAAAAACAACCUAGAAAACAUGAACCUAUCCUGGAGAACGAAAUUUUCAAGAGCCAAAAAGAAAGUAUUUUGUCUGGUGAAAUAGCUAAUCAACUGGGAAUUGAAAAAAUCAAAUCACCUCUGAUUGAAGUUUCUCCUUCCCCUGCAAAAAAUAUAAACAAAGGAGUCAUAGUGUUGAGCAAUACUGCAGUGAGUUUUUCUCAUGAAGAACUGAAAAACCUUAUAGCCCCAAUGAAGAUGAUUUCUAGUAUCCAAUCAAUCAGGAACCUAGAUGAAGAUACAACCUCUGAGACAACUGUUGAGGCUAAUAAUUCUAAUCAGAUACCAUCCAGCGAAUCAAUACAUGAAGAUGACUCUUGCCUAUUCAAACAACCUGAUUGUGGUGAGAAGAAAAUUACAGGAAAUUUUAAUGAUGAUGGAAAAAAUACGACUAACAUUAUAGAACACUCAGAACAUAUAGACAUUUCUGAGAAUAUGCUUUCCCAAAAGGAUAUGACCAAGGAUACUGGAGAUUCUUUGGAACCUAUUACAGAAGUCGUUAUACAAGAAGGAGAAUUGCCUAAUACAUCUCAUGAAAAUGAAUGUACUCCUGAAGAAAAAAAAAUUCGUAACAAUCUGAAAAAAAAAAUUGAAGAAUACAAAAUGUGUUCUAAAUCAAGUAAAUCGUCAAAAUCAUUCAAGGAUAAAAAUUUGAGAGAUCCCAAUCUUGAAAUUGAAAGUAAGAGUAGUACAGGAAUGCAACAAAAAUUGCUUGAUAUAUCUACUAAAGAGCCAAAAGAAUUGAUAGAAAAUAGGGUAACCGUUUUAGAAGAGAGUUCAUCAAAAAAUGAUCAUCUCUUUGUAGAAGGUGCAAAGAACAGCAGAUCAAAUGACAAUAAAAAAAUUAGGAGAAGCAGAAUUGUUUGUGGACCUAAAAUUGUUGGACAGUCAACACAUAAAUCAAACAAGGAGUUUUCUCUAAAUGAACAAAUGAAUGAAAAUCAACUUGUGACAGAAAAUUCAAGCCAUAACACAAUGGAAGUAGAAAGUGAAAACAAAAUUGAGCAAUGUACAAUUCAGAAAUCUCAUGUAUCAAAUGAAAUAUCAGGUGAAAUUGUUCAACAAAACGUGAAAGAAUGUGGAUUACAAGAAAAUGCACAGGGCACUAUGGAUCAAUGUGGAGAAUCUUCCAUAAUGUCUUCAGAAUCAGUUAUGACUGAAAAUCAAAGUCUGGAUCUCUGUUUAGGCAAUCAAUCCUUACAAGUUCAAAAUUCAAAACAGGAAGAACUUGUGCUCACAAAUGUUGGUGCAUCUAUAGUUGCAUCAGAACAAGAUGAGCCUAUGUCACCUAUUUCACUAUUCAAAAAUAGGGAAGAAGGAAUCAGACUUGAAACAUCCACUGAUUCAAAUAGUAGUAUCCCAGUGGAUAACAUGAAUCUAACAAAUAUGCGUACAUUAGAACAUGACAUGAAAGGCAGUAAUUCAGAAAGUCAAUGUUUGGAUGAUUCUUCUCUUAAUAUUGGAGAACACGCGAUUGUGUCAUUGGAUAUUGGUAAAAUUGAAGAGCAAUCUCAUGAAAAAUCAAAUUUUCCAAACACAAAAUCGCAAUCAGACCAAAUCAAUGCAGGAUUUCAUAUUGAUGACUCUUCAAAAAGGCAAUAUUCACAAAAAAGUUCAGUGGUCUCUAUAAAUGAUUUAGUAGAAAGUAAAUCCGAUGAUAGUCUAAUUUCUACGAAAUCUGAAAUGGAAAUGCAGGAAAUAAUUAUGCCAGAAUUGGGUACUAGAUUUGAUGAUGAACAGAAAAUUGAUCAAAUAGAUGAGCACCUAAAACGAGUCCCAUCAGAUUGUAUCAACGAUGAAAAACAUAACAGUCUAUCUGAAAAUCAGUCAGAUACUAUUAAUGCAUCGCAUAUAUCCACAAAUAAAUUUGGUUCUUCAGACAUUUUUGAAGAGACUCAUUCUGACAGGGAAUACAAACGAGAAAUGCAAAAGAAAAGUUUGCCGGAUUUGGGUACAGGUUUCGAUGAUGGUCUGAAAGCUGUUCAAACAAAUGAGCUAUCAAAACAGGAAGAUACAGACAAAACUACAGUGACUGAUUCAACAUGCAAUGAUGAAGAUCAGUCCAACAUAAUGAAUGUAACAGUUAUAUCCACAGACAAUUUGGAUUCCUUGAAUACAUCAACACCUAUGAAAGGACGAGGUAGAAAAAGGAAAAAUAGUCCAUCAUUUAAUCAAUCAAAUGUAGAAACGCCUGUUUCCUAUCAAAUGGAACAAUCCACAAGUGGAAGAAAACGUAAAAAAGUUAAUUACUCUGAAAUGGUUAAUUUAGCAGAAGAUAACAAUAUUAAAAAUGAAAUUGAAAUUGAAAAUUCUAUUCCAGGGAAUUUAGAAGGGAGUCAUUUCAACGUCAAAAAUGUAGAGGAUAGUUCAAUCGUUGUGAAGAAAAAAAGGGGAAGGCCAAAAAGAAUCAAAAUUGACUUGCAUACUGAUGCUACUAAUGAUCAAUCUAAUGAAGUAAAUAAAUUCGUCAAACAAGGGAAUUCAGAAAAUUGUAAUUUAAACGUGGAAAUCACUGUUGCUAAGGAGCAGGAAACUAAAUGUUCUGAUGAACUUGAUACUGGAGAAAGUUCGAAUAAUCAGACAGAAUCAACAGGUACAUUGGCACCCUCCAAAGAUUUGGAGGAAUGUAAGACUACAGAGGAAUUUUCUUUUUCCGUUAAAGAAAGAGAAAAACAGAAAAAAAUUAAAGGUGAUUUGUUCAGCGAUGUUAAUAAUGAGCUGCCUGAUGAAAUAAAUGAGCCUUCUGAACUGAAAAACGAUUCAGCAAAGAGUAAUUCCGAGUUGAAUUAUUGUGAAGUGGUCAAGAAGAAAAAAAUUGAAUGUUCUGUCGAUAUUGAUAAAAAUCAGCAAGGACAUGAAUUUGACAUGGAGUUUGCUGCAGAUUGUCCAAAACCUAACAAGAAAAAAAUUAAAAAAGAUAUACUUGUGUGUGGUACUGGUUUAAAUACUGUUCAGCUUAGUAACCAACAAGACGGGUCACACAAACCAACAUUGGCUCUUUCCAAAGAUUGGGAGGAAUGCAAGUCUAAAAUAGAUAUUACUGCGGAGGAAAAUUCAUUUAGCAAAAUGAAUAAAAGAGGUAGGUCAGAAAGAACUAAAGUUGAAUUUGAUACUGGUUCAGAUAAUGUUCAUUCAGACAAUCAAAUAUACGAAUGCUCUUCGAAUGUUAUUGAUGAUUCCAAUGAAAAUUACCAGUGUGCGAAAUCUUCGAACAUAUUAACAGACAAUAUUGGCGCUGCUGAGGAUUUAAAAGAAAGUAGAUACAGUGGGAAGAAACGUGGAAGAAAAAAGAAAUGUGACCCGUCAUUUAUUCAUCAAGCUAAUGCUGAAACGCCUAUAACCUAUCAAAUGGAACAAUCAUCCAGUGGUAGAAGGCGUAAGAAUAUAGUAGAGGGCAAUCCUACCAAUGUGUCAAUGGACCAAUCAGAUUCUAUGAUCAAGUCAGAAAUAACACCAACCUCUGAAAAAUCUUCGAUGUCAAUGAACAUUGAAGCAACAGGUGCAAAUGAUUUGAUGUCUGUUCAUGAUGUAGCAACAGGGGAAGGUGAAUCGAUGGAAUCACAAAAUCAGUGUGCAAAAUCCUUGAACAUAUCUACAGACAAAUUUGGUGUUGCUGAGGAUUUAAAAGAAAUUAAAUUCAGCGGGAAAAUUCCUGAUUGUUCGAAUACUCCUGCACCAUUGAAGAAACGCGGAAGAAAGAAGAAAAAUGAGCCGUCAUUCAUUGAUCAAGCGAAUUCUGAAACGCCUAAAUCCUAUCAAAUGGAACAAUCAACCAGUGGUAGAAGGCGGAGAAAAGUGAUUCACUUAGAAAAUGAAGAUAUAGCAGAGGCCCAUUCUACUAACGUGCCAAGUGAGCAAUCAGAUUCAAUGAUCAAGUCAGAAAUAACACCAACCUCUGAAAAAUCUCCGAUAUCAAUGAACAUUAAAGCAACAGGUGCAAAUGAUUUGAUAUCUGUUCAUAAUGUAGCAACAGGGGAAGGUGAAUCGAUGGAAUCGCAAAAUCAGUGUGCGAAAUCCUUGAACAUAUCUACAGACAAUAUUGGUGCUGCUGAGGAUUUAAAAGAAAGUAAAUACAGUGGGAAGAAACGCGGAAGAAAAAAGAAAAGUGACCCGUCAUUUAUUCAUCAAGCUAAUGCUGAAACACCUAUAACCUAUCAAAUGGAACAAUCAUCCAGUGGUAGAAGGCGUAGAAAAGUGGACCACUUAGAAAAUGAAAAUAUAGUAGAGGCCAAUCCUCCCAAUGUGCCAAUUGACCAAUCAGAUUCAAUGAUCAAGUCAGAAAUAACACCAACCUCUGAAGAAUUUUCAAUGUCAAUGGACAUCAAAGCAACAGGUGGAAACGAUUCGAUGUAUGUUCAAAAUGCAGCAACAGGUGCAGCUGAAUCGAUGGAAUCACAAAGUCAGUGUGCGAAAUCCUUGAACAUAUCUACAGACAAUUUUGGUGUUGCUGAGGAUUCAAAAGAUAUUAAAUGCAGUGGGAAAAUUCCUGAUUGUUUGAAUACUCCUGCACCGUUGAAGAAACGCGGAAGAAAGAAGAAAAAUGAGCCGUCAUUCAUUGAUCAAGCGAAUUCUGAAACGCCUAAAUCCUAUCAAAUGGAACAAUCAACCAGUGGUAGAAGGCGGAGAGAAGUGAUUUACUUAGAAAAUGAAAAUAAAGCAGAGGCCCAUGCUACUAGCGUGCCAAGUGAGCAAUCAGAUUCAUUGUUCAAGUCAGAAAUAACACCAACCUCUGAAAAAUCUCCGAUAUCAAUGAACAUUAAAGCAACAGGUGCAAACGAUUUGAUAUCUGUUCAUAAUGUAGCAACAGGGGAAGGUGAAUCGAUGGAAUCGCAAAGUCAGUGUGCAAAAUCCUUGAACAUAUCUACAGACAAUUUUGGUGUUGCUGAGGAUUUAAAAGAUAUUGAAUGCAGUGGGAAAAUUCCUGAUUGUUUGAAUAGUCCUGCACCAUUGAAGAAACGCGGAAGAAAAAAGAAAAGUGACCUUUCAUUUAUUCAUCAAGCUAAUUCUGAAACGCCUAUAACCUAUCAAAUGGAACAAUCAUCCAGUGGUAGAAGGCGUAGAGAAGUAAACUACUUAGAAAAUGAAAAUAUAGUAGAGGCCAAUCCUACCAAUGUGUCAAUUGACCAAUCAGAUUUGAUGAUCAAGUCAGCAAUAACUCCAACCUCUGAAAAUACUUCGAUGUCAAUGAACAUUAAAGCAACAGGUGCAGCUGAAUCGAUGGAAUCGCAAAGUCAGUGUGCGAAAUCCUUGAACAUAUCUACAGACAAUUUUGGUGUUGCUGAGGAUUUAAAAGAUAUCAAAUGCAGUGGAAAAAGUCCUGAUUGUUUGAAUACUCCUGCACCAUUGAAGAAACGCGGAAGAAAAAAGAACAGUGACUCGUCAUUUAUUCAUCAAGCUAGUUUUGAAACGCCUUUAACCCAUCAAAUGGAACAAUCAAGCAGUGGUAGAAUGCGUCGAAAAGUGAACUACUUGGAAAUUGAAAAUAUGGUAAAGGCCAGACCUCCCAAGGUGCCAAUUUACCAAUCAAAUAUGAUAUUUAAGUCAGAAAUAACAUCAACCUCUGAAAAUUCUUCGAUGUCAAUGAACAUUAAAGCAACGAGUGGAAAUGAUUUGAUGUCUGUUUGUGUUGCAGCCACAGGUGAAGCUGACUCAAUGGAAUCGCAAAAUCAGUGUGCGAAAUCCUUGAACACAGACAAUUUCGGUGCUACUGAGGAUUUUAAAAGUGGGGAAAUUUUGGAUUGUUUGAAUGCUCCUACACCAUUGAAUAAACGCGGAAGAAAAAAGAAAAGUGAACCGCCAUUCAUUCAUCAUGCAAAUGAUUUGAUGUCUGUUCAUGACGCAGCAGCAGCUGAAGCUGAUUCGAUGGCACUUGAAUCUACUCCAUCAUCUGUGAAAAAGUACACUUUUCAUGGCAAGACUACAGUUAUGCUGAAUUCAAUUUUUUCAGCAGCAUUCAAACCCAGUGAUAUUCAAGAAUCCUUAGAAACCCAACAACAAUCAACCCCAGUGUCGAAAGCAAAAGGCAACAGGGGACCUCGUAGAUCAAAUGCACCUUUCAUGGUUAUGGAUGGAGAAGGCAAUGUUCUCUGUGUUAUUUGCGAACAAAAAAUACCAAUUGCCGAUUGGGACAGUCAUAAUCUAUCAAAACACUACAAUCUAUCUUGGUGUAAGGGACAGGAUAUAGUGCCCAUAGAUGAUGAAAAAUAUGUCAAAAAAGUAUUGAAAUUACAUAAUAAAAAGGAGGUGCGACUGACUUGUUAUAAAUGUGGCCAAUGUUCAACAUCAGUGCAUUCUUAUUUAGUGCAUUUUGAAGAAUGCAGAGGCAUACUUGUGGGUGGGAUGGUGAUUUGUGCAGUUUGCAACAUCAAAAUGGAGAGAGAUGGAUGGUUACUUCAUAAGUUGAGACAUAAUAAUUUGGCAUGGAGAAUUGGAGAUGUACCAUUGGAUUUGAAUGACAAAGAUUUCGUGAUGUUUGUUCUGAAUUCUCUCUACAAGGCGAAAAAGCCUCUGUACUGCGACAAAUGUGGGCAAACGAAAAAAUCCGUGAUCGGAUACAUCUCGCAUCGAUCCCAGUGUGGGGUGGGUACAAAGGAAGCCCAUGUCGAGUGUGAAAUCUGUGGGAAAAAAAUGUUACCCGUCAGCAUGUUGACGCACCUCAAGUUCGUACACGGACCUAAGGAACGAAAAUCGGACUACUUCGAUGUCAACAUUGAUACCCCUCUCAAGAAAAGAAAGGCAGCAGCAAAUGCCUUAUCGAUGUUGGAAAAACUCAAUGGUGACGGAGGGACCUUGCCUUAUUUCAUUUCCCAAAUGAAUUUCAAAGAACACAGUUUCGUAGCGCCUCUGUUAGAAACUGAACUGAAGGAACAUGGAGUUCUGAGGUGCAAAUACAAAAAUUGUGAAUUUAUAGUUGGUGAUAUAGAAACUCUACAAGAUCAUAUGGCUUCAUGCAGAUCUAAACCAAAUGCGUAUUACACCUGCACAAAAUGUUUGUCUGUGCUAUCUAAAGAAGAGAAUAAAGAACAUUUGGAAAAAUGUCACGAUAUAACAUUCUCAGAAGAUGAAUAUACCACACUUGAACUCAGCGAUAGUGAAGGAGAAAAUCCGAAACCUAAAAGGAAACGGGUAUCGGCAAAGACGGUCUUGGUCAACGGUGUCGAAAAAGAAAUCGUAUUUAGAAAAGUACCGAAGUGUAUUAUGAAUUGUCGUCAGAAAUCGGCCUCGUCUUUGUUGUUCCCAAAUGCGUACGAAUAUUCCUUCAACUUUUAUCGAAAACAUUACAAUGAUCCUAAUCUUUUCAACGACCUUCGUUAUUCAAAUAAUGAAUGGUGUCUUUUGAAAGAGGAUCUGAUAGAAAAAUAUCUUCCAAAAACGACAAAAUCCUGCAGAGUAGCAUGGAAAAGAGUGAAAAGUGAAACAUGUGUUCUCAAUGAAGAACCAACUUUCAAAGAAUUUGAACUUUUUGAAUACAUGCAAGAUGCCCAUAACACAACCAUCUUUUGCGGAGGGCCGAUAUCGGCUUUGGCUUGGAUGCCCACUCCAUUCAGCGUGCACCAAUGCGAGCAAAUACUAGCGGUGGCAACUCUAAAAGACUUCGAGGAAAACUACACCAGGUUCAAGUACCGCCACGAACCUUCCUUGAUACAAUUCUGGAACUUCGGCUUGUUGAGGAAUCGAGCGCAGGUGCCCGAGCCGAAACUGCAUUUCUGUUUGGCCGUGGAUUUCGGACCGGUUUGGGAAAUCGAGUGGUGCCCCUCGGGAUGUUUCGAUCAAAAUUUUUCGGGGGAUUUCGGUUUGGCCAGGAGCGGGGUUCUGGCCGUUUCGGGGUCCGUGCCCUCGGUUCACAUCUACGCUGUUCCUGUUUUGCCGGACGACCAGAGGAAUUUGAUAUACAAGGUAAAACCUUUGUUGAAGUUGCAAAUGGUUUUGGAACUUGAAAUGAUGAAGAGAGAGACGUAUCCCAGUAAAAUGUCUUGGAGCAAGGCUCAAGGACACAAACUCUUGGCUGUAGGUUAUACGGAUGGAUCGGUAGGCAUAUUCGACUUGGCAACAAAUUCCCAGUUAUUGAAAUUCAAAGAUGAAGAAGGAGUAGAUGUGUUAUUGCCUUACAGGGUUAUAAAAGCACAUAAGUAUAGCAUAACAGCUCUUACGAUGAUUCAUUUGAGUGGUGGAGCAAGGUGGCUGUUCACUGGUUCAUUCGACAAGUGCGCAAAUGUGUGGGAUUUGAAUGAUGACAGCUCGUGUCAAACGAAUGUGAAGAGGAUAAUAACUGGCGGUUCCUGGCUAACACAUUGGGUGGCAUUUAUAACUGCUUAUGAUGAAAGUAGUUCCCUGAACGCUUUCAAUAACGGCAUAGUGAAUCCCCAUCGAAAUUUUCUGAGUGAUUCGAUGGCAAUGCUCAGAUCUCAAUCCACAAUAUCUUCGUUCUCCUUCAACGAUUGGCUGAACGCCUGCUUGCAGAGCACUUCAGAAGGAGAGAUAUGCCUUUACUUGCCUUCACAGAUGUUGUAUUGCAUGGACGUGGCAAAAUUGCCAUCUUUCAGAUAUUGUUUGAAUUCCACAUACCUGAUCGACACCACCAAAUCUAUAGAAGAAAGAAUAGCCCAUCACCUGAAGAAGCAGGAUAUUGCGAAAUAUUUAACGAAUACAAAGGGAGGAGUGAAAAAAUUAGAACCCCUUGACAUAUACGAAUCGUUGAUGUAUAAGGAAACUACUGAUAAAUAUGGAUUACUUUUUUGUGAUUUAAGCAGGGAUAAUGUUCAAGACUUCCCGCGCGUUCGUGAUAAGAACUUCGAAAUGAUGAAACUGUCCUCACCCAAUAUGUAUCCUUUACAGACCGUCACCAAAAUUUCCUUCAAUCCCAACUGCUUUUCUAGUCUCUAUUUUGCUACGGGCCACCAGGCGGGAUUCGUUAGACUGAAUUAUUUGAAAUUUUUGGAGAAUGACGCACAAGUCAAAAGUUGAAUGUGAUAUUUAUUAUUUUAUAAGUUGACUAUACUCACUGUGUAUCCCGUUUCAAGUGUAACGAACCUCGUACAUAAAGUAUUAUAUAAAUGAUGCCCCAGUUGCGCUAACUGGUGAGACUGAAAGUAUUAGCCCUCAUUAUUCCUGAAUAAUCAUUUCAUAACCUCCAAAAACACUAUGUGAUCUUAACGAAAUUUAUUUGGGAAUAUGAAACAUAUCCAAAAGAAGCUAUUGUUAAUUGAAAAAUAAUUUUUAAUAGACUUUCUUCUAUUUGAGGGUUGUUUUCCUUCAAUAAUUUACAUACCACUUGAUGAUUAUCCUCAAAUUUUCAGAUGAGCCCUUUCUACUCCUAAAUACGAGAAUAGUUACACUUGAAGGGGGGCACACAGUAUUUAACUGUAGAUACCUAUAAUUAGUUUAACUUUGAAGUAUUUCUCACCUAAGUUAUGAUGACAUAAUUUGCAUACAAAUAAUAAUAAUAUGUAUAUAGCAUUUAUAUUUUUGUUGAUUUUGCAAAGAUGACCUUUUUUCAAGGCUAUUGAUGUUUCCUUAACUGUUGAUUGAUUUAUAUUGAUAUAAUUGAAACCAUUCAAGGUUUUUCUACUUCUGAUUAACCUCGGAUUAUGUAUAUAUUAAACAUUUUAUUUAUUUUUCAAUUGUGUAAAUAGAAAAAUACUGAAUAGUAAUAUAUUUUAUAAAAAUACGGGCGUUUCCCUUUUUCUUUUUAUCCAGCAGUCUCGAAUGGGAAAUCACUAUUCAAUCUCACAGAUCAGAACAAAUAUUUUUAUGAAAACCGCAAUUAUUGUAUUCUUUUAAUAUAUCGAUGGCAAGCUCAAUACAUGUUUCACUCACAUAGUAGUUUAUCAAGAUGAAACUUGUACCAUAUCCAUAAUAUGAACCAAACAUUGAUUUGUUUUACUCAACGAACCUAUGGAAUUAAUUAUCUGUGUCCAGGCUAGCAGAUCCUUAAUUAUUUUAAAUCUACAUUGAAAUAUAUUUGAUUCUGAGUUACUUGAUAGGUACUAAUGCAAAUAUUACCUCCUGAGAAACAAGUUCAACAGUGAUGAAUUGUUAUAAGGUAUAAUUGGUCGUCAAGUUGCCUCAUACUACAGGGGAGCACCCUGAAAAGGGGCCAAAUCCAAUACAUACAAAGCUAAAACUAAAGUGAGUAGAUUGAAUAGAGUGACGACAAUAGACCUCCAAAUGGCUGCCUUUUCCGGAAUAGCGCAUUGUUGGUCAAGACAGUGAAUAGCUAAAAAUCCGAACACAUGCAGUAAUGAAUUUGCGCCUUCGAAGUGCCCACCUAAUGUUAGCUUUAGAUGUUCGAUAUUUUCAUUCCAUCUAAAUAAUCUGAGACGUAAAGAGUUUCAUGUCUGAUUGUUGGAGGUUUUGUGUACAAAGACCAAAAAACAGACAAAGCAUUGAGAAAGUGAAAUAGAAUGCAUAGAACUGAAUAGAGAAAACAAUUCAGUAGGAUGCACCUCCAUAUUAAAGGUCUGGUCAAUCAAAAAGUGUACCACUAUUGACGUCACUCUAUCUAUAAAGUUACUCUAAGUAUUACAAGAGCAAUAUAGCCGCAGGAAAAAACAGUACAAGUACACAAUAUAUUAUCUGUCAAACAAACGCAGUCUUCCUAAAAACUCAACGAGUCCAAAAAGUCGGAUUCUAAUAGCUGAUAUCCAUGGCACCGACGUAAAGAGUUUCCUGUCUGAUUGUUGGAUGUUUUGUGUCCAACGAGCAAAAAACAGAGACAAUGCAUUGACAAAGUGAAAUAGAAUGCGUAGAACUGAAAAGAGAAAACAAGACAGUCGGAUGCACCUCCAUAUUAAAGGUCUUACCAAUCAAAAAGUGUACCACUAUUAUUGUCGUCGCUCUAUUUAUUAAGCCACUCUAAGUAAAACAAGAGCAAUAUAGCCGUACGAAAAAAACAGUUCAAGUACAAAAUAUAUCAUCUGUCAAACAAACGUCUUCUUAAAAACUCACACCUACUCAAUCCUGCUUGUACACUCUGGCCCGCAACACCGCCUUGUCCAGCACCUCAGCGAACGUCCUCUGCGUGAGGUCGCACAGCUCGGCGCUCUCCUGUGACGCCACCUCCAGACCCUUGCCCAGAUGCGCGUCGAAAUGCGAUGCCAACGACGCCUGCGACUCGCACACCCUGGCCAGCUGCAUCAACAAAGCGACGAUGUCAUCUGUCAACGGCGGGAAGGCCUCGCUUACCUUCACCAGCGCUGGCAGGACUGGUUUGAACAGUUUCACCCUUUGCGCACUCGAAACAC